CAAUCUCGGUCGCUGAUUAAAAGUUGCCCGACCGCCUGGAGCUGCAGCACCAGCAGCAGCAGCAUCAGCAGUUGCAUGUUGCAUGUUGCAAGUUGCAGGUUGCUGGCUCAGGUGACUAUCACUUUUGCAGCUGCAACGGCAACGGCCAUGACCACGGUUGACGGAAACGGCGGCAGAACUCAAGUACGUGUAACAACCUUAACCCUAAAGCGAGCCGCGACGGAAUGGACCAUGUCCGCUCACUCGAACCACUUGAUACCCAGUUGAACCCAAUUUGUUGAUAUAACAUUUCCCUGGAAAAGCGCACAAUGGAAAUUAUGCGAGCCGAGUGGUAAGGCAAUACUUUCUAUUUCAAUGCUAUGGUUACAUCAACUGGCCGUCCUAGGCCCAAUUGCAAAUCUUUCACUUUUGGGCUAGCUAUAAAAGCCAGCGGACAGAUGGCAACCAUUCGCAUUGCUGCACAGAGAUCCGGCCAGGUAGCCACGGAAAUUAUCAAAAUGUGGAUAUUACUACUGAUUUGCAGUGUACAGCUGAUUUGCGCCUCGGAGCACAGUGGCGAGGGAUAUGGUGAGAGUUACGGUGGUUACGGGGGCUACGGAGGAAGUGGAGGAGGAGGCAGUGGAUCAGGAGGAAGCGGUGGAGGAGGCGAUGGCGGCCACUUUCAUCACCACACACCCACCACAUAUUCCGAGAUCUCGAAACACGUGCCUGUCCACGUGAUCGAGAAGAUUCCGCUGCCCAUUCCGCAUCCGGUGGCCGUUCAGGUGCCCAACGUGAUCCGGCUGCAGAUCCCAGAACCGUAUGCCGUCCACGUGCCCGUCCAGCAGGAGAUACAAGUUCCGGUCUACAAAAUAGUGCCCGAAAUAACCGAGCGGAAGAUACCAUACACCAUAGAAAAGCCAUACCCCGUAGAGGUGGAGAAACCAUAUCCCGUCGAGGUGAUCAAGCAGAUCAAGAUUCCGGUGCCGAAGCCCUAUCCUGUGCCCAUUACCAUCUACAAGCACGUUCUGCAAAAGGAACACGGCUGGUAGUCGUUAGUUUUUUAGGUGUGUAAGUAUCAGGAUACCAGCUCUAGGUCCCAGAGUAUUAUAUUACGAGCUUA